AUGUCGACUGAUGAGUUGGAGGCCGCUGGCCUUAGCUCCUCAGAAAACGCGCUGUUUCAUCCGCGUAUGAGGUCAUGGUGGAGGGCCAAGGCGUUUGUGCUCAUUAAGAGCCCCAAAAGUACAAACGAUCUCUCAUUCAGAGCAAAGUCAACUGUAGAUUCAUUUCCCCGGAAUGAACGAAACAGGGCCACCGGAAUAGCCACCGACGUAGACCCUGCAGUCUGCAGGUGCUGCGGACAAUUUCAUGAGAUUGAUGCUAUUUUUACCCCUUCAGCCCCAGCAGGAGACCCCGUCCAGGGACCAGACCACGGCCAUCCAGUGCGCAGAAUCCGCUCCGGGGUCUGGGCCUGCUGCAGAGGCAUCGGCCACAGCGGACUCAGCACCGGAGGCGGGGUGAAAUACGCUGUGAGCUUGACUCCUGCCGACCUCGGAUUGGUCAAUUCCGGUAUCCCACACUGGCUUAGGCGCAGGAAACACUUUGGAGGCACUUCCUUCCAGGCUCCAUGCACGAGCCACACUUCUUCCGUGUUUCUCCUUCGCAAGCCACGACUCGGCCGGAACCUCAACGACUCGCUCGACUACCCCCAACCUGUCAUACCUGCGACCUCCAACUCAAGCCUCAACCUCAUGACGGAGUUGCUCCGGACCUAUUCUCCCACCAGGACCGGCACAUCAGGAGCACAGAUGAUUCCCCCUUCUGGCAUACACCUCGCAGGACUACGUGGGACAGAAUUUGCGCAUUUCGAUAUGGAGAUUUCCGAAUCCCACUCUGGAAAUCCCCGUGGAAAUGGUUACGAACAAUUGGCCUACCCCAACACCAGCCAGGCUGAAGUUGAACAAGCGCAAAUUUCCCUGGUAAACCGGAAGCUGGACAUGAACCAUGGGAGAACUGCUGGAGUCUUUCUCUGA